AUGUCGCGUGCUGGCUACCGUCUGCUGUGCGGGCCCUGGAUGGAGCGGGAGCACUGUGUGAUCGAGAACACGGGCGGCGAUGUGACCCUGCUCCCCAUGGCUGGCGCCACGUGCUGCGUCAACGGCCGCGACGUCUCCCAGCCCUGCCGCCUGCACCAGGGCUCCGUGAUCCUGCUGGGCAGGACCCACAUGUUCCGCUUCAAUCACCCGGCACAAGCGGCCAAGCUACGGCAGCGUCGCAGCGUGGGAGAGUUCCCGCAAGGCAGCUGGCUCUCGCUCAUCAGCUCGGGCUCCGGAGACACCUGGGACGGGGGGGACUGGUGGCCGGGUAGCCCCGCUCAGACUCCAACUUGUCUUCCCCGAGCCUCAUCGCCAGGUCGACUCGGCCCUAAGCGAGUACCUGGUGCGGUGUGUAAACACGAGCACUGGGGAGACAAAGGUGGCCGGCCUGGGAUUGGUGCUGGCCAACAUCGCCCGCCUACGCCGGAUUUACUCAGCGGCCGAGUGCGAUCGCGCCCCGAGAAGCUGCACAGCAACUGUGAGCGGAUAUAUUUUGUGGAAAAGAGGCAGUCGCUCGUAGGCAGAGGAGAAGAGGAGGCAGGGGGUCGCGCGGGGGCCGAGAGGGGAGGAGGAGGCGGAGGAGGAGGAGAGCGUGGGCCGGCGUGCGCGCGGAGCGGAGUGGAGGGCGGGGAAGAGGAGGAGCGGCCGGAGCAGCGAGCGCUGAACGGCGGUGGCAGAGAAUCUCUGUCGCGUUGCGCGUGA